AUGAAGAAUAGGCAAGUGAUUCUUUUAGUUUUUGGAUAUCUGAUCAGUUUAUGGCAUAGCACUUUUGCGAAUGAACCGGUCAAUGUGACGAAAACAUUUACAUCUAGCCAAACACUCUUUGCUAAUCCUGAACGAGGAUGGAUUACACAUCGAUUUGCGAAUGAUCUUUAUGGAGUUAAUAGUCUGCGCGAAAGUGCUGAAAAAGUAUCAUUAGUUCUGAUUAAAAUUGACAUAUCAGCUUACAAGAAUAGUUCACAUAUUGGACAGAGUAAACUUAAUGAAAUUCGUUCAGCACUCAAUACUUGUCGUCAACAAGGUUUAAAAGUUAUCAUGCGUUCUGCUUAUUCUUGGGAUUUAGUUCUUGCUCCAGAGCCAAAAAACAUUGAAACUGUUAAAAUCCAUAUUAUGGAUAUGAAACCAAUUUAUUAUCAAUAUGAAGAUAUUAUCGUUGCUGUCGAAAUGGGUAUGUUUGGACCAUGGGGUGAAAUGCAUUCAUCAUAUUUUAGCACUACUAACAC